UACGAGUGGUCUUUCGGUGACCAUCGAUAGGUACAAUUUGCAUCUCUCUCGCUCUCUAAUAAAAUAAAAAUUAAAACCCGAAUUUUUGUCAUUAAGAAUCAGGUCGUUCACAUAACAUUCUUCAGUCGAACGUCAAACAGUUCGGAAGCAUAAAUAAAAAAGAUGCGAGUUUAUUUACAAUUCUUAGGAUUAGUUGCCCUUUUGGGUGUCCUUGCUGUUGGGCAAAAUGCUUGUCGUACUCCAAAUCAGAAAAAUGGACGUUGUAUUUCGUUGUUCGAUUGCAACAGCUUGUCUACCCUUUUGCGUAAACAACCUUUGACACAAGCUGAUCGUACGCAUUUGGCUCAAAGUCAAUGUGGAUGGAGCGGUAAUUAUCCUCUUGUGUGUUGUCCUGAUGGCGUUCAGCAACAACAAGGAGGUCGUCCUCAACAACAAAAAGGUCCAGUUCGCCCUCAACCAGUGCAGCCAACACAAGCUCCCGUUCGUCAAAGUAAAUUACCUAAACCUGGAGAUGGUCAAUGCGGUCUUGACACUUCCGACAGAAUUUAUGGCGGAGAAGCUACUAAAAUCGAUGAGUAUCCUUGGUUGGCGUUGUUGGAAUAUACAAAGACUGGAGGCAGCAAAGGAUUCCAUUGCGGCGGUGUUCUCAUCAGCGAUCAAUAUGUCUUGACAGCUUCUCAUUGUGUGAACAGUGCUGAUUUGCCAACUACUUGGAAACUCACAGGUGUUCGUUUGGGCGAAUGGAAUCUCGAAACCGAUACUGAUUGCGAUACUUCUGGCGUUGGAUCUGAUUGUUCAGAUCCUGUUCAAGAUAUUCCCAUUGAAAAACUCAUUCCUCACGAACGUUACGAGCCAGCUGGAGAGCAACAAUACAACGAUAUUGCUCUUUUACGUCUUUCUCGUCCCGCACAAUUGAGUUACUUCGUCAAACCAAUUUGCUUGCCCUCGACAAAUGAAUUGCGCGCCGAUACCGUUGUUCAAGGCAAGAAAUAUGUCGUUGCUGGAUGGGGUAAGACUGAGACCCGUUCUCAGAGUGACAUCAAGUUGAAAGUUUCCGUUGAUGGUGUUAGUCAUCCAACGUGUAAUAAUGUCUACAAGAGUCAACGUCGUACGAUUGGCGAUACGCAAAUUUGUGCUGGCGGCGAAAAGGGCAAGGACAGUUGUCGCGGAGACUCGGGAGGUCCAUUGAUGGGCGUUUCGCAAGGUCCUAAAGGGCAAUUCACGUAUUUAGCUGGUUUAGUGAGUUAUGGACCAAGUCCUUGCGGAAUGGAAGGAUGGCCUGGCGUUUAUACACGUGUUGCUAGUUACAUUGACUGGAUUGAAUCUAAAGUUUAUUAAGUGACAAAUUUUGUUUUUUUCUUUGACUUUUCUGAAUGUACUUGCAAAUAAACGCAA